UUCCCAUCUUUUACAUAGACAGGGCAGACGUUUCAAACUUGGCGAGUAGUGACAAAUUCAAAGAAGCUCUCGGGAGCAGGGAAAAGACACAGACAGAUGCUCAGAAGAAGUAGAGUGCCCUAGCAAAGGCGGGUUACGAGUUGAAAGCCGCCAAAGGCAAUGAAUCGAAGCUCAUUGACAUAAUAGUCGAGCGCCUUGUCAACGAGAUCCAUUCUCGAUAUUCUGGUAAGGAUUUCACCUUCGGGCCUUUCGGAGGCGAAGGUCAAAGUAAAUGGGAAACUGUUGAUACAGAGAAGAUUGAUGAAAAGGAGAUUCAUGUUGAGUACAGAGACUUCAUUAAGUCCGUUAAAGUCCACGAGGAGAUCAGCUCCAAACCGCAAAAUGACGGGAAGAGUCCUUUCAUGGUUAAAUUAGAAAAAGGAGAGUACAUAACUUCUUUUUCUGGAUAUUUCGAAAAUGUGUGUGGUGUUUAUAAGGGAAUCGACUCUCUCACAUUUCGAACCAAUAAAAGGAUAUUGGGACCUACUAAUAAAAUGAAAUUCAAAGGGGAAUUCUUUUCCGUACCAUCCAAAGGAGGGAAAGUUGUAAAGCUUUUGGUGAGUCGUAAUAAUGGAUUUAUCACAUCUAUUGGAGCACGUGUCGAGCUACAGUCUGAUAAGUCCUGUGCCGCCAGUAUCCAGUCUGUGGGUUUAAUCGGGAGUAAAAUAAGGUCAAUCUAUUCAAAGUGGGAUGAUGGCAAUCAACACACCGACGUAAGGAAAAUCAUUUAUGAACUUGAAGAGGGAGGGCGAUUCAUCCAGUCAAUCACGUUUGAGUAUCAAGAGAAGGAUGGAGGAACGUGGCAAUCGGAGACGCAUGGGGUCAAGGGUGGAAAGAAGGAGAAGUCGAUUGAAAUGGGUACAGGGGAGUAUCUGACUUUAAUGUCCGGAUAUUGGACGGAACAUGGCAUUAAACGUCUCAGGUUUCGGACUAACAAAAAUAGGUCCAAAACUAUUGGUGAUGAGAAUGGAAUCGACGAGGGAGACAGAGUCUGUCUCCCAACGGGUGGCAAAAUUGUCGGAUUCUACGGGUGGGAUUUUGGAAAGCUUCGUGGAAUUGGAGCAUAUUUCGAAGGGCAGCCAUUUGCAGGUGAAGAGGAUCGGGAGGAAAAUAAAUUUGACGGUGUGAGGGAAAUUUACGUAAUGCCCAUGCCCGACCAAAGUGGUUUCCGUUAUAUCAGGUUUCUGUUUGAUAACGGUAGUGAAGAAGGUCUCGAACGUAUUCACGGUAAGUGGACUGGAGAAGUCUUCGGGGAAAAACAGGUUCAAUUGAAGGAUUAUCCACGGGAGUACUUAACAUCGAUCUCUGGUUAUGUGGGAGAGGAUGGUGCCAUCAAAUCGCUCACAUUUUACAGUAAUAGAGGAACACGCGGUCGCUACGGCAAGGAGGGCGAUGGGAAGUACUUUUGGUAUCCAUCAACCGGAAGCAGAAUCACAGGCUUUUAUGGAACAAAUGGCGAGACGAAGAACAGACCUCCUCGCCUAUAA